AUGGCGACGGGGAAGUGGCUUCUGUACACGGGUCUCUGUCUGUCUCUCGUCGCCUUGUGUUUCCUGACGGUCGCAAUCUCAUCGGAUCACUGGUACGAAACGGACGCGAGGAGAUACAAGGAACGUUGCCGAACUUUCUCGAACCGCAGGAGCGAUCCUGGUUUCAUUUACAUCCCCAACCACAGCCUUCCACUGCGAGCCAGCCGAGCGAGUCUGGACCGAUGGGAAGACCGACUGCUGCUGAAUAGAAACCGGCGCCAGCUGUUCGCGAUGAGCACGGCGGAUGAGUGCAGCAGACGCUACAAUUCAACCAACAUGGGGCUGUGGAGCAAAUGCUACAGGGUGGGAUUUGACCCAGACAUCGAAGAGCUCAUACAAAAAGGAACCGUCGAGCGUUGCUCCUUUAUAAAGUACUAUUACUCCUCUACGGUGACACGAAAGGAUCUUUCCUAUAAUAUCACCAAAACUAUCCAGCAAGAUGAUUGGCAUGCCCUGCAUUUGCGUCGGAUGACAGCUGGCUUCAUGGGUAUGGCUCUGUCCAUCAUCCUAUUUGGGUGGACCAUUGGUGUUUUGGGCUGUUGCUGGGAGCAAGGCCUCAUGCAUUAUGUUGCCGGUCUGCUCUUCCUUAUGGGAGGUACCUUCUGCAUCAUCUCUCUUUGCACCUGUGUGGCUGGCAUCAACUUUGAACUGUCUCGCUACCCACGUUAUCUCUUCAGCCUCCCAGAUGAUAUAAGCCAUGGUUACGGCUGGUCCAUGUUCAGUGCCUGGGGAGGACUAGGACUGACUCUCAUAGCUGGGUUCUUCUGCACCCUGGCACCAUCGAUUCAGCCUCCCCCACAAUCCCGUACCCCCUGUCCUAAGAGUCGUAUGGAGAAUGGAACGGUGUGCUAAAGCUUCACAUGACACUUUCUACAUCAAUAUAAACUUGUUCAUAGAUUUUGUCAUGGGUAUUAAAAGCACGGAGGCUGUUAAAAAAGACAUUUUGUGCUGGAAGGUGACAAGCCAUGUCUGUCGAGACGCUCAAAUGAUGUGCAAAAAGAAGAAUCUGUUAUAAAAGCACAUUUGUACAGUUGUAUAAUAGCUUUCUUCCCGACAUGAGUUUAGCAUGUCCUUGGUGAAGCAGAUUUUGGUGUUCGUCUUUGUUCAGUAGACUGUGUUUGAAUUUCAAAACGAGUUUCCAAGAUUUUGCCGAUGUAUAAUCACCCUGAAUUUCAUCCGUUGUAGAUGUUUUCAAUGUCAAUAAUUUCUUCAUUGGACAAUAAAAUGGCUCA